AUGCUGGCAGACGCAUGGCAGAUCGGCGUUCCUAAUGAUGUUGCAGCAGCCCUGAGACGGGGCCUGCUGAGGGCCCGGUCGCUGGACGAAUCUGGAGCGCGGAGGCAGUGGAGAAGAUCAUGCUUGUGCACAUCACCAGCAUCAGAUAGCAAUAGCAUGUCUCCAUCCCCAACAGAGUCUCCCGUGGGCGCCGAUUCUUCAAAGUGGGAUCCUGAGGUUAUCGGCAUAGUUGGCCUUGUUUGCAGCAUCUUCCUGCUAUUCAGUUACUACAAGAUACUGGAAAGGAACUGUGCCACAUUUCGUGUAAUAGGUUUAUCGCGAAAUCCAGAGCAACGAAGGCGCCUCAAUCAGCAUCUUGAGGACUUCUCCUCCCAGCUCCAGAGCAGGGGUCUAGACUCCUAUGUCAUGCACUCCCUUCCCAUUACUCAGAUCAAGAAGUCGAAGGAUGGAGAGUCGAAUCCUAGGAAUUCAGCGUGUGCAGUUUGUUUGGGUGAAUUCGAACAAGAGGAGUGGGUGAAGCAUCUGCCUGUUUGCUCUCAUGUGUUUCAUGUCUCAUGCAUUGAUACUUGGUUUCAGACUCAUUCCAGCUGCCCUCUCUGCAGAUCUUAUGUAUGCCAGCCCGAUACGCCUUGUGAAUCAUCAAUCAACAUCAACAUCUAUCUCGAGGCUUUAAAUAGGGAGGACUUCCAUCGACAGACAUCAGAGCAUUACCAAGAGCAACGUGAUCCUUCACAACGAGUAACAGCUUAA